GCUGCUUAGCCUCCCCCUCCGACCCAGCCCUAGGAGGAACCAGGUCAGUCCCACUGAUCUCUUGGUUCUGGGCCAAGACUUGGUUCCUGGCUGUGGGCAGCUGCCGUUCGUUUUGGGUGUGCUCUGCAAUCGAGGAGGCGGUUCCAGUCAUGGUGCGCUUGCUCCACUUACCGUUCCCUGCUGAGCUGCCAGGGCUGUGGGAAGAGGUGUCAGUCACCAUGGUGCCCAGCUUCCCAGGCCACGCAGGUGCUGCAGGCACCUGAUGGCAGGGGGCUAACCAGCAGCAAAUGGAAUUGCACAGGAAGUUCUGAGGGUCUCUGCACAGUCAGGGAUUUUAAGGCUGGAAGGGACCAUUGUGAUCAUCUGCCUGACCCCUCUGGAACCCCCACUGAGCUAGAGCAGAACUGCCCUGCUGCUGCUGGGAAGUCCUGGUGCCUCAGUCCAGUGGUGAUUCCCCAUGUGUUGACAGGCAAACCCGUUCCAGGACCGGAUCUGCUGGGUCUUCUCCACCUCAGAGGAUGGGGAUGGCAGCAUGUCCUUCGAAGACUUCCUCGACAUGCUGAGCGUCUUCAGCGACUCAGCCACUUCGGAGAUCAAAUCCCACUACGCCUUCCGCAUCUUCGAUUUUGACGAUGACGGGACCCUGGACAGGAAGGACCUGGAGAAGCUGGUGAACUGCCUGACAGGGGAAGGAGACGAGACUAGGCUGAGUGAGUCAGAGAUGGACCAGCUCAUCCAGAACAUCCUGGAGGAGUCCGAUAUUGACAAGGAUGGGACAAUUAACCUCUCUGAGUUCCAGCAUGUCAUUUCUCGAUCACCAGACUUUGCCAGUUCCUUCAAGAUCGUGCUGUGAUGGCGCCACGUCCCUUCAAUCGGAGGCGUCCUGUGGCUGGCUGUCCCUUCCUAGCCUGCUGUGCGGCUCUGCACCAGCUCUGCGCAGUGGCUGGAUCCUUCCCCUUCUGGCAAACAGAUGCGAUAAUAUUGGUGACUCCAGGAUCGUGCUAGGAGUCCGGUGUCUAGGAGCACUCCUUCCAUAGUGCCUUAUGCAGGGCUCCACGGGGCAAGGCCUCUCCUGCCCAGGAUGCUGUGCCUUCUGUGCUCUUCUUGGUCUGCAGGCUCCUUAAUGCAGCUGCCUUGUGCUUCCAACAAACUCCUGGCCCACGGAGACUACAGGUCCCAGCCUGUCAAGCCGUACCUGGAUCAGAGCAGAGGCUGCUGGGAUCAGCAUGGCACAAAGCAUGCUGGGAUCUCUAGUCUCCAUGGGCUAUAUUUUCAUGGGCUUACUCCUAUGCAAACCAGGUGCAGUCCUCUGGGCCUGCCCUGGACAUCCUGAGCUGGAGAGGGGAACUCCUGCUGGGGCCCGGUGAUAAUCCAGGGCUCACCCUCCCGAGCUUCUCUUUGUGCCUUCCACGAGCAAACUGGCAGCUAGGACUCCGGCACGAGCCCCUGAGGAUGCAGCAGGCCUGGCUGGCUCCCUGAGGGGGUCAGGCAAAGGGAUGUAGCACAAGGGGCUUGUUUUACUAUGCAAUCAUGUAACUGGCACCUUAAAAUGCUGCUGUCCAGGGUGUUUCUGUAACUUCUCUGUCCACUUCCCAACUCCUCCGUGUUGGACCACGCACAGCUUUCUGCUCAGCCAGAGUCUGCGGGGGGUGGGGUGUCCUGGCAGGCCUGGCACAGGCCACAGCAAUCACAGGGCUGGCAGCGGGCAGGGCCACAGCUGAGAACUGACUUUGAAAGCUUCCGCCUGUGCUGCUCCCAGUCUGCCCUGCCCUGGGAGUCCGUGUCUGCUGGUGCUGUACCUCCCUUCCCGAAGCAGCAGCUGAUUCCUGUUGUCAGGCACCCUGGCCCUGGGUCCUUCCCCUGCUAGUCAGCUGCCGCAGGCCAGGGGAAGGCAAUGGCCCUCAGGCAGAACGCUCCACUCUGCGGUCCCACCCUGCCUGCUGCUGCCUGACACAGUGCUAGUGCCUGGCUGGGGAGCAAAGACUCAGGGUGUUUGUUCUUUUCUUUCUUUCUACCCUUUCUUACACGUGCCGCUCUGCUGGGCGCUCCCCCACCGUGGGAGGGAGGGCCUGCAGUACUCUGCACGGGGCGGGGGGCUGCUCGGCCAUGUAUGGAGAAUGAAUAAAGAGCUGGAGUCUUA